GGUCGUCUGCAACUCCUCGCGGAAAGAUGGCAACGGCCGUGUACUUGCAGCUUUCGUGGUAACGCUUGCACAACGUCUUGCUGUCACCCUGCCUUUCGUUCGGACGACAGGGGAUAAAAAGAAAAUGUCGAAGUCGACAGGACGAGGCCUCCUUCGCAGCAUCCUCUUCUGCCUUCGGUCCCGUAAUUCGGCGUGGAAACAAUGCGCUCGCUGUUACUCGGGCCAGGCGUCCGGGCUCCUCGGAGAGGGACACCACCACAAGCUUCGUCGAAGCCUGCUUUCGGGCAGUACCUGCGGUCGCGAACCCGGUCAGUGCUACCGAACCACUCGAAUUGUGUGCGUCAGGACGCUGGGUUCAAAGACGGACACUCGGUCCUGCGUGGAAACCGUCUGCGAGAGCUCCGAGUGCGGCUCGGGAAGCGAGCUAAACUCCAGACUUCGCGUGCCCAUCGCCAAGCUCCAGGGCCGCAUGCUGCUCUCAUUCCUGUGCAAGUUGUGUUCGACGCGCGUUACCAAGCUCAUUUCCAAAGUGUCUUACGAGAAGGGUGUAGUGAUCGUCAAGUGCCACGGGUGUAGCAAGCACCACCUCAUCGCCGACAACUUGGACUGGUUCCCGGAUCUCGAAGGAAAAAGGAACAUCGAAGAAAUCUUGGCAUCGAAAGGCGAAGCAGUUCGCAAAGCGCUGCUAAAGGACGAACUGCUGGAAAUCACGGAUGGAUGAAACUCUUGACACAUGACUGCAAUGCACAUUUGCAGUGUGCACUCAUUAGGACUCGGGCAUAACAAAACCAUUGAACCAUUGUUUAGUCUUUCCCACUUUGUAAGCUUGAGCAACUGGACGCCGGUGUCCUACAAUGUAUAGCAUUACUAGGCAUAUUUAUCAGUACCAUAUUUACACCUACACGCAUUUGUAGAACACUGCACCUAAAUAAAGCAUCAUAUAUUGUG